UUUGUUUUUUGCUUUUUUUGUUUUUGGCAACAGAGUUGUUUGUGUUAAUAUUUCCUGUUUCCGUUUAAUUGAUUUUUAAAUAGCUUUCAACAGUUGUAAAUUCAACUGAAAAGCAAAAGCGUAAAAGAGAAUUGAAAAGAAUUAAAAUUAAUGAAUAAAUAACAAAAAAAAAAAAAAAAAAAAAUGAAAAAAACAAUUUACCAACAAAUACGUAAAAGUUAUGUUAACCAAAUAUGAACCAAAAAAAAAAAAAAAUAUAUAUAUAUAUAUAUAUAUAUAUAUAUAUUUGAAAACCACAAAACAACACGCCCCCUAAGGGGAAAAAUCAUUCACUCAUAAAUAGAUGUAUACGUGGAUAUAUAUAUAUAUAUAUAUACGAAUAUCAUAAAAACCGCUAUAAUCACACGAAAUGACUUUCACUUUCACUCUUUAUAAAGUGUACAUAAUCCAACCACAACCAUUCAAUCAACUAAACAAACAAACAAACACACAAACGAAAGAGCAACAGCAGCCUAACCAAAAACCAGAUGGAGACAUGCAAGCAUACGCAUAUAUAAGCGUUGUAAGCUUUUCCUUUUUUUUUUUUUCUUGUUUACCUCUGAUGAUUACUCAGCAUAUGCUGUAUGCUUUAACAUGUGUGCACUUCGCAUUCGUGCAGUCGCAGCCUGACCGCUUAGCCAACGAGUACACAUUCAUCUUAGCUGUCAAGUUUUCCAGUUUUAUAUAAGUUUAAUGUAAUGUCUUUCGUUUUCCAUCAUCGACAAACAACAUCAACAACGAAAAACCAGCAACAGGAACACGACACAAGCAGCACCAGCAUCAGCAUCAGCAUCUAACAACUACUUUCUGCAACGCCGCCACCGCAAAGGCCGUGGAUACCUUUAGCGAAACCCAGUAAAGCCAGGCCAUCAUGUAUCUUUACCGUAAUGUGUUAUAAUGUUUUGUGUGAUAAAUAUGCUACACGACAAAUGUACGGCUAUUGCCCUUCAUGGGCUUUAAGUUGGGAAUACAGGAAAAAGGCUAUUUUAGAUGAAAUACGUCAUUAUUCGGCUGAUAUUAUUAGCUUGCAAGAAAUUGAAACGGAACAAUUUUAUAAUUUCUUUUUACCCGAAUUAAAGAACGAAGGUUUUGAGGGUAUAUUCUCGCCGAAGUCACGAGCAAAGACCAUGUCAGAGGUGGAACGCAAAUUUGUGGAUGGCUGCGCUAUAUUUUUUCGUGCCGCAAAAUUUGCUCUGAUUAAAGAGCAUUUGAUCGAAUUCAAUCAGUUGGCUAUGGCGAAUGCCGAAGGUUCAGAUAAUAUGUUAAAUCGUGUAAUGCCCAAGGAUAAUAUUGGUUUGGCGGCCUUAUUAAAAAUAAAAGAUUCUGCCUGGGAGUCAAUGACCGAAGUAACUCAAAUCACUCAACCAUUGCUAGUGUGUACCGCUCAUAUACAUUGGGAUCCGGAAUUUUGCGAUGUUAAACUCGUGCAAACCAUGAUGUUGAGCAAUGAACUAAAAUCAAUUAUUGAUGAAGCCAGUCACAGUUUUCGUCCGGGUCAUAAAAGUGAUACGAACAGUGUUCAAUUGUUACUGUGCGGUGAUUUCAAUUCAUUGCCCGAUUCUGGUGUAAUUGAGUUUUUGAGUAAGGGACGCGUCUCUAUGGAUCAUGGUGAUUUUAAGGAUAUGGGUUACAAAUCGUGCCUGCAACGUUUACUCUCUAAUGACUCGAAUGAGUUUACGCAUUCCUUUAAGUUGGCCUCGGCCUACAGCGAGGACAUUAUGCCACACACGAAUUAUACAUUUGAUUUUAAGGGAAUUAUCGAUUAUAUUUUCUAUACAAAAACGGGCAUGGUACCGUUGGGCCUUUUAGGGCCAAUAUCGAAUGAUUGGUUACGCGAUAAUAAAGUUGUCGGUUGCCCGCAUCCGCAUAUACCCUCCGAUCAUUUUCCAUUAUUAGUGGAAUUAGAAUUGAUGUAUACGGCAAGUCAAAACGCUCCACCAAAUGGUCUUAUCAACAGACGGUAGCAAUAAAUUGUAAGCGAUGAGACAACGUCAACAACAAACCACCACCGCCCACAUAUAUCCAAUAAUAUUCUACAGCAUAAAAAUCAUUGCAAAUCAAAUAUGUGGGAGCUAUUAAAGCAACAUAACGCUGCCGUUGUCCAUGCAAUUAAUUAUAGCAAUAACAACAACAGCAACAAUAGCGACCUUCUUCUCAUUGUCACCAAAAUCACUAUCGUCGUCAUCAUUGCCGCAAGUCACACAAGGACCACAAGAACAAUCCAUUAUAAAAAGAUGUUAUGAUCAUGAAUAUUUAUUUAAGUUUUAAAGAAAAGAAAAAACAAAAAACAAAAAACAAAAAACAAAAAACGAAAAACAAAUAUCCCACUGUCCGCCGUCUCUUCAUCCUACAUUUUCUCCUUUCUUCCCGCCUGUACACACGCACAUAUAAAUAGUAUAUAACAUAUAUGUGAAACUUUUUAACAGGGUUAACGUACUCACAUACAUGCGUAUGCGCAUUACGCAGCCACGUUUACGUUCCCUUGAUAUUAUGUGAUGUUUUUCUACUUUUUUUUUUUUCAUUUUCAUUUUUAACAGUGAAAAAAUCUUGAAAAAUUAUAAUAUUUAGUGUAAAAUUUCCAAAUUGAUUGUCUAAUGUUUAUCAUGUUUAUUAUAGAACAAUUUUUUCGCUUAGGAAAAUUGCAAAAAAAAAAAAAAAAAAAAAAAAAUCGGACAACAGCCAAUAGUGACGUAGAUUAAAAUUUUGUGUGUGUGUGUGUGUGUGUGUUUUUCUUUUUUCUUUCUUUUUUUUAUAUAUAAAAUAAUGAUUCUCAUUUAAUCAAGACCAUGGCGCCCCUUAUUU